CUCAAAGGGAUGCGCGAUCUCCCCAGAUCUCGCUUCACUAGCGGCGGGAGUGCCUUGCGCUAGAAUCCACCAAGCUGGCUGGAUGCAAACGUCAUGACUUUGAACGCUGCGAGAUCGCCGCGUGGACGUCACAGCUGUCAUAGCUCCAGAUUUCUUUUGGUAGAGCUUGGGUGAACCGCACAAUCCAGCCCUGGUCUUUCCAACAUUCCGUCUUUGACAUACACGCCCUCAAUUCCUCAUCACCUUCAUACAACUUCAUACACACAAUGGCUAGCAGGAUCUUCACACCGAUGCUCCGUCAGGCGGUUCGCGUCUCGCAGCGAAAUGGCAUGGCGCCACCCUGCCGUCGCUUCUUGAACACCGAGACAGCACCUAAACUCUACUCAGCAAAGGCGCACGUAGUCGGCGCACGCACCGGCCAUGUAGACGGCGAAAACCUCAAGGUCGACCUUACGAUGGCCAAAGCCCUCGGCGGCCCCGGCGACGCCGGAAAGACCAACCCAGAAGAACUCUUCGCAGCCGGCUACGGCGCAUGCUUUCAAUCCGCCAUGAACGCCGUUGCCCCCUCCCUCGGCGUAAAGAUGCCCAGCACACCCGAAGACUCGAUCGUAGAAUCCACCGUCGAACUCGUGGGUAGCAUGAAAGACCUUGACAUGGGUCUGCGUGUGCAGCUUCUCGUCAAGGUACGCGGUUUGGCGAAGGAGGAUCUGGAGAAGGUUGUGUACAAGGCGAGGCAGGUGUGUCCGUAUAGUCGGGCGACGAAGGAUAAUGUUUACACGACUGUUAGGUGUGAGACUAUGUAAAACAGAGUCAUGACUUCAGAGGACGGCGUGGAAUAGGAUGUAGA